AUGGCCGCCGGGAACGACGGCGCGGGUGCAACCCCCGGCGGUGGCACCAUGUUCGCUCCCAAGGUGUUCACGUGCAUGCUCGAACAGGCCAGGUGCGCACCCCAACCGACCCUCCGUCCCUCUCCCGCGCGCCUCGCCCGCCCGGCGCCGGGUGCGCACGACGUGCCCGCGACUCUCGCUCACCGUCCCUCUCCCCUUUCCCCGCCCUCCCCGCCCAGGAGGCUCCCCGACGGCGACGUCGGCGCGUGUGGGCCCGCGUAUCACUUCCCGAACCUCCCGCACUCGCCGCGGUUCACCCGCGUGUGGGUCCAAGGCGUCGUCGUGUGGACCGACGGCGGAGGGGACGACGGCGACGGGCGUCGUCGAUGCGUCGACCGGUUCGCGCUCGACGACGGCACCGGCCCGCCGCUGCGAAUCGCCACGCCGCCCUCGUGCCACUGCGCCAGCACGAGGGACCCGUUCACGCGGCGGACGCCGGGCGUCGGGGACUACGUGGCGUGCGUCGGGUUCGUCGUGCCGAACGAGGGGGGGGGACACGUCACGACGAGUUCCGACGGUGAUGGAGCGGGGGAGAAAAACGACGGGCAACAACGACGGCGCGGCUGCCCCAGGUUCACCCUCGUCGCGGAGAGGGUGCACGACCUGAGCCGCGAGGGUGACGCGCAGAGGGAGGCGAUGUGGAACGUGGAGGUUCCCGAGGCGUUCAAAACGCUGGAGGCGGCGCACGCGGCGGGUUAG